AUGACUUGGUCAACAACGUCGCCGAUGCCAUUACCGUCCGUGACGCCCAUCCACGUCGGCUCCUUUACUUUCCCUCCAGCUAUUACAUCACCCGCUUCCUCUAAAAAGCUUUUCCUCGGCGGCGCAGGGGUAAGAGGGUUUGAGAUUGAAGGCAAGUUCGUCAUUGUGACGGUAAUCGGAGUUUACCUUGAAGCUCUCGCUGUACCGUCACUCUCCGUUAAGUGGAAGGGCAAAAAUGAAAAGGAGUUAACGGAAUCCAUCUCUUUCUUCCGUCAAAUCAUCACAGGUGUGUUUGAGAAAUUCGUAAGGGUGACGAUGAAAGUGAAUUUAACGGGGACACAAUACUCGGAGAAAGUAGCAGAGUACUGCGAGGAGAUCUUGAAAUCGUCUGGGAAAUACACAAAAACCGAGACUAAAGCCAUCGACAAGUUCCUGAAGGUCUUCAAAGACCAAGAUUUCCCUCCAGGCUCUUCAAUCCUUUUCGCUAUCUGCCCUAAAGGCUCUCUCACGAUUGCGUUUUCAAAAGACGAGAAAGUCCCGAGAAGCCGAAAUGCAGUGAUCAAGAAUAAGUUGUUGGGUGAAGCAAUCAUUGAAUCUAUGAUUGGAAAGAAUGGUGUGUCCCCUGAAACUAAGGGCAUCUCCAACGCAAGAUGGCCUAAGAAGAGCCUCGCUCAGAGAUUCUCCAAGCUCAUGAACCAACACACAGAAGCCAACACAUUUACACCAUCAUCAUCAACCAGAAGAGUCACGAGGUCUCAGACCCUCUCUGCCAUUAAAAGCUCUGCCACCAAUCAUCUCUUAUCAUCAAAGAAACCAGAUCAGGAGUCGGAUAAAUUGCAAACGAAAUCAAGACAAAGAAAGGGUGCAAAAGAGCGGUCAGCAUUGUUGGACAUAAGCAACGACUCGCCGAUCGUAGGGGUGGCGAUGCAGACUCCAUCGUCAGGAGUGAUGGGGAAGAGGAACGUGAGUAGAAUCAAGAGCACUCCUGGCUCAGGCGAGGCUCUCUUGAGAGGCCAAGUCAAGAAUCUGUUGCAGAAGGUUGAAGAAGAAGCAGAUCUUUCCAAGAUUUCUGUGGAAUCUCGCCCCUUUAUCCAUCUCGUUACUUCCCCAAUGGGGCUUCUUGCCCCGACUCCGGCCAACACGCCCCAAGUUGCCGACUUCUCAGAGAUUGUGAUCACAUCUCCGGUUGUUGCGGGACAACUGAGAGCAGCAUCCUCUUCUCAGGUGGAUGAGAGCAACAUGAUUGAGGAGAAAGAAGAGAGCUUGGAGAUGCUAGAGAAGAGUCCGAGCAUAACUCGGUCAUUGCUGCUGGACUUUAGUGAUAAAUCAGAACUAUGGGAGAGCUCCGACUGCUCCUCUGUGGUGACUCAGAACCCAGAGGAUGACAACUCCUCGGUGUGGUCGAUGCAGGUCAAUGCAAGUACCCAAGGCGAAGAGGAUGAUGAUGAUGAAGACCAAGUGUAUUCUCACAGUUACAGGGAGGAUGAUGAUGAAGACGAGCUGUGCGAGGGAAUGAGGAAGAUGAGCUUCGCAGGGAAGCACACUCGGUUUGUGUACGACAGUGAAGAUGAAGAGAUUGUGGAGGCCAAAGAGCAAUCUCCACCACUGUUGCGUUUGAAAGGUUUCCCUACACCAAAAGGGAAACAUGUCAGAUUCUCCGGCGACGAAUGAAACCCUUCCCUCCUCUUUUGGAGUUGUGACAAAGCCUCAACUGUCUCGACUUUUUUCCAUACCAAUUCUGAUUCUUGGGCCUAUUGGUACCUCUUGUUAUAACACUUGAGUGUAAUCGGAAUAUGAAGUUUUUCUUUUUAAUCUUCUCUUUGCUUGUCUUGUG